UAUCUUCCUCCCAUCACAGCCAUCCAAUCAGAUAGAAUCGAUUAUACAAUACAGAUAUCCAUUCCAUGAAGUACAAAAUCCUCACCGUCGAAUGGCCGGAAAUAAUCUCUAUUUAGCGUCAUAAGCAAUGUCCGUCCGUCCAUCCAUCCGAUACAUUGCAGUAAACCCAUAGAAAACAAGCUCCGGCCCACCGCCGAUUGAUUGAAAACACAUCCAACGUACGAAAAUGAACGAUUUAUUCUCAAGCUCGUUCAAGAAAUACACGGACCUGAAGCAACAGGUCCAACUAGAUGAAAUCGAAACGGGCGUUGCAGUGGUGGAAAUCGGGAAGGAGACGGUUAAUCUCGACCGUUUCUUCGAGGAUGUAGAGAACGUGAAAGACGACAUGCGAGGCGUGGAACGUCUCCACAAACGGCUCCAAGAAGCAAAUGAAGAAAGCAAGACAGCCCACAAUGCAAAAACCAUGAAAGAGAUUAGAUCGCGAAUGGAUAAAGAUGUAGAACAGGUGCUUAAAAAGGUGAAAGUGAUUAAAGGAAAGCUGGAAGCAUUGGAUCGGUCGAACGUGGCCCACCGAAAGUUACCUGGAUGUGGGCCCGGGUCAUCAGCUGAUCGGACCCGUACAUCUGUUUUGGGGGGGUUGGGAAAGAAGCUCAAAGAUCUAAUGGAUGAUUUUCAGAGCCUGCGGUCUAAGAUCACGUGCGAGUAUAAGGAAACCGUAGAACGGAGGUAUUAUACGAUUACAGGUGAGCAAGCUGAUGAAGAGACAAUCGAGUCGUUGAUUUCGAGCGGUGAGAGUGAGAAUUUCCUUCAGAAGGCUAUACAAGAUCAAGGUCGUGGUCAGAUUAUGGAUACUAUAUCUGAGAUUCAAGAACGUCAUGACGCCGUUAAGGAGAUUGAGAGGAAUCUGCUCGAACUUCAUCAGGUUUUCUUGGAUAUGGCUGCGUUGGUUGAGGCUCAAGGACAACAGCUUAAUGAUAUUGAGAGCAAUGUGGCACAUGCAAGCUCUUUUGUUCGACGUGGGACUGAUGAACUUCAAACGGCUAAGGAUUAUCAGCAGAGUUCUAGGAAGUGGACGUGCAUAGCAAUCAGCCUCAGUGCUGGGAUUGUGGUGGUUCUUGUUUUGCCUAUCCUAGCUAACCUAUCUGCACUUGCGCCCAUUGUCUGAAAUGAGAAUGAAAGUGAAAA